AUGGGUGUUAGUCAAAAUUUAACACAAAGAACAACGAGCCGGUGUGUCCGGCAAGUCGUUGAUGCGCUCAACCACCCCACACUCAUGAGCAAGUGGAUUCAAUUUCCACAAACAGUACAAGAAAGAUCAUUAAUCAAAGAAGAGUUUCAAAAGAAGUAUAAUUUGCCUGUAGUGAUAGGAUGCAUCGACUGCACCCACAUUGCUAUAGUAAAACCAGCUGAAGAAGAGCAUGCUUUCUAUAACAGAAAAGGAUAUCAUUCCUUAAACGUUCAAAUAAAGCUGAAAAAUAGCUGUUUGGGUGUGAAAUUGGGUGACAUAAAAGUAAAUUGUCUGCUGUAUGCUGAUGAUGCAGUGCUUAUUGCACCAUCAGAGGCAGAACUGCAGGCAUUAGUCACGUGUAUGAAAGAGGAAUGUGAAAUUAAAGGUCUCCGUUUGAAUGCUAAUAAAACUAAGGUUCUGGUAUUUGAAAGGGACGAAGAGAGAACGAAGUGUGAAAUAUGGGUAAAUCAGGAAUGUCUAGAACAGGUAUGUGAUCAUAAUUUAAAAAUAAUAAACAUAAAUGCUAAGUUUGGUGGAGCAACACAUGAUUCCCACAUAUGGUCAUCGAGUCUCGUAGAACCCUAUAUGCGUCACCUUCAUGAAAGUGGUGAACAUGUUUGGUUACUUGGGGAUUCUGGUUAUCCACAACGCCCUUGGCUUAUGACUCCAAUAUUAAAUGCUCCACAUGGGUCUCGGGAGAAAUUGUACACCACUCGUCAUGUACAAGCCAGGACAUGUAUUGAGCGCUGCUUCGGAUUACUUAAAACACGUUGGAGGUGUUUGCUUCGUGACAGGGUCCUUCAUUAUCAUCCCAACGUUGCCAGCAAAAUAACACUUGCAUGUUGUGUGCUACACAACAUCUCACUUCAUGCACACUUGCCAGCUCCAAGUGAUAUCCCUGUUACUACUGUAGAUCAUAAUGAUGACUCCAGUACACAAACCACCCAAAGCACCACCACGGAGAAUCGAAAUGAAUUAAUCCGAGGCAGGGCAAUGCUCAAUUAUUUAAUAAGUAGAUUGUAG